GGGGCUUGUAGACCUGGUGCCUCAACCUCCACUCCCUGCUAACUUUAACCACCUUUCUCAAACAAAGAUGUCCUGCUGUGUGACAAUAGGUGGAGAAGAAAACACAUCACCUACAAAUCCUGUGGGCCGAGAAUGGUAAAGUAAAUGAAUGACUGCAUGUAUAGAGGUUCUAUGAAAAGUGAGGUGUGCUUUAAUCAUAGUCAAUAAAAGAGCUGUUCCGUAUAACCUUCGUUAAUUUAUCAGAGGAACCUGUCAUGGCUUUUUUAUGGCCUAUUGACUGAGUGAGGGCUGCCAUUUGGCUCACACCAUUCAAGAUGCAGAGGAAUGCCUGGAACCCAGCACUUGAUCCCACCCCACAUCUGAGCUUUCCUUUGUUCUCUUUUCCUGAUUGUGCCCUUCACUUCAGUUCUCCCCAGCACUGUGUAGUUCCACACCGGGACUGUUCCUACAGAUCUGUUCAUGGAGCUCUUGGAAGGCAAGAAGAUCUCUUGGAAGAAACUCCUCACCUUCCUCCUCUUCAGCUUCAUCUUCAGCUUCUGCCUCUUUGCUUCUCUUCGUCAGAUCAGGACUCCUGAACCACAGGAUUACAAUCCCUAUCUAUCUACAGAAAGACCCCAAGCUGGAAGUACCAGCGCGACGCCUAAGAGUGAGCGCAGUCUGACCAUCCUGCUGUGGACGUGGCCCUUCAGUCACCGCUUUACUUUUAGGAACUGCACGGAGCUCUUUGACACCCCGAACUGCCACUUCACCACCAACCACAGCUGGUCCCAAAAGGCAGAUGCUGUGAUUAUGCAUCACAGAGAUGUGUAUAGGAACACAGAGAGUCUGGCCCGACUCCCCAGACUCCCAUCCCAGCGCUGGAUCUGGUUCAACAUGGAGUCCCCGAGUCACUCUCCAAACUUAGGUGCCAUGGAUCACCUCUUCAACCUGACUAUGUCGUACCGGAGAGACUCGGAUAUCUUCACCCCCUAUGGGGAGCUGCAGCUGCUGAGCCAGCCCGAGCCCUUCAGCAUCCCACCCAAGACCAAGAUGGUGGCCUGGGUGGUCAGCAAUUGGAGACCAAGCUCCCCACGGGUGAAGUACUACGAGGAGCUGAAGAAACACAUCCCCGUGGACGUGUAUGGGCAGCAGCACUUGCCCCUGCCCAUGGACAUGCUCCAACAAACCGUGUCCCAGUACAGCUUCUACUUGGCCUUCGAGAACUCGCAGCACAAAGACUACAUCACUGAGAAGGUCUGGAGGAAUGCCUUGUCCUCUGGCACCAUCCCUGUCGUUCUUGGGCCACCUCGAGAAAACUACGAACACUUCUUGCCCCCUGAUUCCUUCAUCCACGUCGAUGACUUUGCCAGCGCCGAGGAACUGGCUCAGUACCUGAAGGAACUGAGCAGGGACACAGAGAGGUACCAGCGCUACUUCCAAUGGCGCAAGUGGCUGAAACCUGUGCUGGGGACGGGCUGGGCCGUGCAAAUCUGCAAAGCCUGUCACUUCCUGCACAGGACAGAGGCCAGCUACCAUGUUGUGCCCGAUCUGUCCAAGUGGUUUGUAUAACAACUGUUUGUUCAGCUCUCUGCUGCUUUGAGAUGGUUUGACCUCGCUGGAUGGUGGUGGUUCUGAAGGCUGAUUGAAUGGGAUGGAACUGGAGGGAUGAGAGGAGCUUUGAAACAAACAGUAAUGGGGAAGUGUUUUGGUGUUGGGUGUGCCUUGUUCUUACUAGAGAAUACUCUAUCGGGUUGAAUAGGACAUUGUAUUCUGCUGAUACAUUAGGUACCUGAAUGACAUGUUACUCUGGCUGCAGCUCAGUCUUUGGAGAAGCUCAGUGUAAAAUGCCCCUCCAGCCUCUGGAAACAGUUCUGGAUGGACUCCACUGAUUGAAAGGCAGAUGCAAGGGGUAGAAGGGGGAAGGUGGGGGAGCAAUCUAUACAGUCAUAAAUCUUUUUCAAGGAGCUCUCUUUGCCUCAGGCUCUGCCUUUGGGUCGCUGCAUCAGGAUGCCAAGCAGGUAGGAGGCUGCUGUCUUUAUUUUACAAGUCUGUUGUUUGGACAUCCCAACUUCUGCCAUUAGCCGGUGGCCGUGCUCAGGCCGUGCAUUACAAACACCUUUUUGUGCCUGACUUUUAUUGAACUUCCUGCUGGUGGUCAGGUCAUACUACUGGAAAGUUUACUUUCCAGCUGGGGAGCCCCAUUGCAUGGAGAUAAGGGACACAGCCCAGUCUCCCUGCUGCCACCUCCGGACAUCCAGCUUGUCUUCCUGACUGCUGCUGAGCCCUGAGCGGAGGUUUCCAAAGGUCUCUUGUAGCCCCAGGAUGUUUCCACGAGGAAAGUCAGCUCCAAGUCCAGCAGUGCAUAUAGAGGCACAAUUGUUUUCUCCAUCAGCACAGUUUAGUAAAGAUUUCCAAAGAUUUCCCUCUGCAUUUCCUUGUGCACUCAUUCUGUGCCUGAUGACCCACCAGCAAGACCUUAUCUUUAGCACUGUGGUGAGUCUGUUCUUUCACAACCUUUGUCUCCUGUUUUUUUUCCCUUUCUGCUUUGCAGAUUGGUUGAAUAGACUGAUCAUCACAAGCCUAAGGAUAAAUCCUUCACUUUGAAAUCUGAACUUUUAUCUCUCUCCUCUAUUUCCCAUCCUUCUGAUGGAACACAUUAGAUGGGGCCUCACCAAUGCUGCUUUGUUUCUUGAAAAGCAAAAAUCUCAGCAAAGAAAUUCACAUAGAGAAACAUGCUACAUCUCCCUUGGCCAUAUGCUUGCUGGCUGCUUCAAAGAAGAACAAAUAUUUGUGAAGCAACCAUCUUUAUUGCCAAAUAUUUGUCCAUGCUUCUGUCCCUGCCUUACCUACCUGCAGACACCUCCUCUUUAGCUCCCGGAUGCACUGACCGACCUGGUGUUCUUCACAUCUCUAAGCCCUUUAUGUCCCGAACAGCUGGAGAAAUGUAAGAUGUUGAUGCUGUUGACUGAGCUGGGAUAGAUGUGAUUAGAGAGAACUAAUAUUCUGCAGGUGAGUGAUCUCCUCCUGCCAGUGGACUGGCAGGGACACAGGAACAGCAGGACAAAACCCAGCACGAACCUUCCCCUUCUCAGAAACAUGGAGGCACACACAGGCUGAGUUCCUUAUGGGAUGAGAAAGCUGACACCGCAGUUGGGAAACUCUGGAAGGGGCGACUUAAUCGAAGGAAACAUCUGGAUGGCUGCACUGCGGGGCCUGGGGCUGCUUGUUCCCAUCUGCACCCACUUGGGAAACUGCCAUACGUCUCCCCAAGAAAUGGCACUUAAAAUCCCUUCAGCCCAGCCCAGCAGCAUCACCUGUCUGUACAUCGUUGCCUGCAAACGUCGUUUUCUCUCUGGACAAGUCAGAAUUUCCAAGCAUCCCUCUCCAAUUUGAUCAUUAAAACUCCACUUUGUCUUUUCUUUU